AAGAUCUUUCCCUCCCCACCCCUUUCCUGGGCUGCUGGGUCAGGGGUUCUAUAAAAGGCUUGUUUCCUGGUUGAAAGAGCAGUAGGGAAUUUUCUGCUGCACACUGGUCAUGAGCUCUGCCCUCCUGCUGGCCCUCCUGGGGGUCACCUUCACGCUGCCAGGAGCGCAGGCGCUGCUCUGCCAGUUGCUGUCAGGUAGGUCUGUGUACAAUGUAUCGGACCUGCCCCUCUCGUGGACAGCUGAACAGAAAGAAUGUGACAGCGGCGAGGGUUGCCAAGACACGCUGAUGCUCAUUGAGAACGGACCACACGUGAUGGUGGUGCUCAGCAAGGGCUGCACUAAGGAGGAGGACCACGAGGCCCGCGUCACCGAGCACAGGACAGGCCCGGGCCUCUCCGUCGUCUCCUACACCCACGUGUGCCGCCAGGGGGACCUCUGCAAUGGCCUCUCCAACACCAUGCCGGUCUGGACCCCGUCCCUCCAAACAGCCCCAGGGUCCUUGCGGUGCCCAGUCUGCUUUUCUACAGAGAGCUGUGCAGGGAGUGCCACAGAGGUCUGUCCCAAGGGGAGCACACACUGCUACAAUGGGGUCCUCCGGCUCGUGGGAGGGAACAUCUUCACCAGACUGCAAGUCCAGGGAUGCACGUCCCAACCGGGUUGCAACCUGCUCAAUGGGACCCAGAACAUCGGGCCCAUAGAAGUGAGGGAGAGCUGCGAUCCCAAAGAUUUUGUGAUCUGUGAACAAGGGACCAAGUUUAUGGCUGGGAGCAACUUGACUCACGAACCCGUGUACUGGGACACAGACUGGAUCCGGCUGUGCGAUGCUGGGCAAGUGUGUCAGGAGACGCUGCUGCUCAUAGACGCAGGAAGCAAGUCAGCCCUGCUGUGGAACAAAGGCUGCGGCAGGUCUGAGGCUCAGGACUCCUGGGCCACCACCAUACAUACCGGGCCCCCUGGGGUGCUCGUGGCCUCCUAUGUCCGGUUCUGUUCCUCCAGCUUCUGCAACAGAGCCAACAGCACCAGCAUCCUGCUGAAGUUCCUCCAUCGUCCAGCUGCCCCUGCCCCGGGAAACCUGCGGUGUCCUAGCUGUGUGAACAUCUUUGGAUCCUGCUCUGGGAACUCGCCCAACAUUACGUGUCCUAGCGGCACUGCUCAUUGUUAUGAUGGUCACAUUUAUCUCAAGGGAGGUGGGGUGACCACCACAGUGGGUAUUCAGGGCUGCGUGGCCCAACCUUCCACCUCCUUGUUGAGCCACACCAGGAAUAUUGGGAUCUUUUCCGUGCGUGAGAACGAAGAGGAUAAUAAUGAUUAUAAUAUUAAACCUCGUCUCCAAAAUGGUGCUGCCCCUGCCGCCUCCCUCGCUCAGGUGGUGGGGCUGGGGGUAGCCCUAGCCCUUUGCUGUGGGGGGCUUUGUCUUUCCCGCUAACUCCAUUUCCCCCAUGAGCCUUAACCCCUGCUGACCACCCAAAUCCCACCCUCCCUCUGACCCCACAAGCUAAUGGCCUUGGACAACAAAUUAUUUUCCCAUCCUCCCUGUGAAUUACCAUCCCCCCAGCACCCAAACACACGUUAUCACCUGAUGAUAACAUAGGGAGGACCUGGGAGCAGCUGAGCUUGCCCUACGGAGAGGGGACAUUCGAGGAGUGGCCACAUGUACCUGAAAAUAAAGACCUGU